AUGCUAAUAGCAACGAAUGAUUGGCUUCAUGAUAAUUAUAUUAUAAAAUCGAUUAUCGCAGCUUUUGGUUGGGCGCUCGGAUGGGUUGCUAUUGCAACUUAUCUAGUUAGCAUAUUUAAAGUGCUUCCUCGAUUAGCAUUAAACCAACACACUAUCCUCAGUAUCGAUGCAGAUCUUCCUGAAUGCCAUUUGACGGCCAAUCGUUUUAUACCUAGCAUUAAUUCAGUGCUUAAAAUAUAUUGGACAUAUACAAUUGCUAUAUUAGUUUAUACUUUAACAUUGGCAAUAUUAAGAGGUUAUUAUCAGGGAAUUGGUGAAAGAGCAUUAUUUAAUAUCACUCAUGGUCUUAUAGGAUUUGGGCUUGGAAUUUCGGCUAUAUUAGGAAUUGUGUGUUUUAUAAAGUAUGGGAGAUUAAUAAUUAAAUUACUUUAUGAAAGUGCCACGCUAAUAGGGUUGACGGACGUAAGAAAUUCGCAACGUAAGACCUCAUGUUUAAAAAAUUAUCAUGUUCAUUUGAAGAAGCUCAAGAUUAUGAAUUUUAGUCUACUUGUUAUAGUUUGUUGGUGUGGGUUUAUAGGUUGUUUUAUUGCUCUCAUGGAAAUGGUAAUAGAAAAAUACAUGCCGUUAUACGUUACUCUAGGAGCUAUAAGCUUAGAUGGAACACCUUUGGUAUUAUUGAUCACGCUUCUUGGAAUCAUCUACGGAGAAGUGCAUAAACAAUACAGUGCACAAGCAGAAGAAAUCACCACUUCAAUUAAUUAUUCUGAAGUUAAUUAA